AACACUGUCUCCACCUUGGGACCUCGGUAGAUACACACAGGCUCUGCUACCUUAUAGCGACACCUUGCAUAUACGACUUCUAUCAUUUUAGCUGGUUAACAUCGGAGCACUUCACUUGUAUUUAAAAAUGACAGUACAGGGGAAUCGAUUUAAAUGAUUUGUCUUAUGCCAUGUUAUUUAUAUACCGAUUAUGAGAAACUGAGAAAUGUCUUGUAGGCCUAUUUGUCACCGCGCUUUCGUCAAGCGGCCAACGGUAAAGGCUGUACCACAGCAGAAAAACACCUGAGUGAGAAAAGAAAGGGGAGAUACCGAGAUAGAGAAGGAAAAACGAUAGAGAAACAAACACAGGCGGAGAGCGAGAGAGAGAGAGAGAGACAGGGGCGGGGGUGAUUUGUGCGGCUGGAGGUGUGCAGCAGAUCUGGGGAAUCAUCAGGGGUCCCGGACGCCCCGGCCACGUUUCCAUGGCCGUUUUCUCGCCCUUUCGGGGGGAUGGAAGCUCCGCGCCAUGUGUCCGUGUACCUGUGUGCUGAAGCUGAAGCCGACGGGCGGUAGCCGCUGCCGGGGGAAGGACGGCACAUUGAGGCACGCUAUUUCUGGGAUGCGGCGUGGUGAGUCUGGUGAGACAUUGGCGCACAGUCGCCGCUGAUCGCCGUUGAAACCUGCUUCACAUACAGACUGACAGCAGGGACCACGCCGGACUGGGCUUUCCAGCACCAUGUCGCUGCGGGAUGGACAGCAUGCGGAUGGGCCGGCGUGGCCAGCGGGGACGCCAGGCUCUUAGACAACGCUGAAGUCUUCUUCUAGUAAUUUCCAUAACUCUGCCAGAGCCCUGGACAGUUUCCUGUUUGAAGAAAACCGAAGAUACCAGGUAGACUGGAAAUGCCCAGGAACCGGGCCUUCUCAGAGCCGGAGUGCUCUGCCGAGUAUUCGGCCGACUGCUCGGUGACGCUGCCGUCGGACCCGGGCCAGGCGGUGGGCCGGGCGCCGGAGGUGACAGUGCGCAGCACAGGGUGCUGUAUGUGCCUGCCACGCUUCAUGCGGCUCACCUUCUCGCCGGACUCGCUGGAGAACCUGUACCAGACCUACUUCCGGAGGCAGAGGCGUGAGACCUUGCUGGUGUUGGUGGUGUUUGCGGCGCUCUUCGACUGCUACGUCAUCGUCAUGUGUGCCGUGGUCUACACCGACGACAAGCUGGCCACCCUGGUGGUGGCGUCGGUGGGCCUGGCCGCUCACGUCCUGCUCUACCUGCUGUGCCGACUGGGGCUGCUCCCCGACCGCGUGUCCCGCAGGGUGGUGCCCUACACCCUCUGGGUGCUCAUCGCCGCCCAGGUUUUCUCCUACCUGGGGCUGAACUUCGCCCGCUUCCAUCAGGCUAGCGACACAGUAGGAUGGCAGGCCUUCUUCACGUUCUCCUUCUUCCUGACUCUGCCGCUCCGUCUGACCCCCAUCGUCCUGAUCGCCGCCGUCUCCUGCGGUAUCCACACGCUGGUGCUGGGGGUGACCAUCGCUCAGCAGCAGCAGGAUAACCUCCGCGGGGAGGCACUGGCCAGGCAGCUCUUGGCCAACAUGACGGUUUACCUGUGCUCCAUUACGGUCGGGGUCAUGUCGUACUACAUGGCUGACCGCAAACACCGCAAGGCCUUCUUGGAAGCUCGGCAGUCCCUCGAGGUCAAGCUAAACCUGGAGGAGCAGAGUCAACAGCAGGAGGGUUUGCUGCUGUCCAUCCUGCCGAAGCAUAUUGCCGAUGAGAUGCUUCGUGGUAUGAAGAAGGAGGCCAGCCAGAAGGAGGUGCAGCAAUUCAACACCAUGUACAUGUAUCGCCAUGAGAACGUCAGCAUCCUCUUUGCGGACAUCGUCGGCUUCACGCAGCUGUCUUCAGCGUGCAGUGCGCAGGAACUCGUCAAGCUGCUCAAUGAGCUGUUUGCUCGCUUCGACAAGCUGGCUGCCAAAUACCACCAGCUGAGGAUCAAGAUCCUGGGCGACUGUUACUACUGCAUCUGCGGCCUGCCGGACUACCGCGAGGACCAUGCCGCCUGCUCCAUCAUGAUGGGCCUCGCCAUGGUGGAGGCCAUCUCGUACGUGCGCGAGAAGACCCAGACGGAUGUGGACAUGCGAGUUGGCGUGCACACAGGGACCGUGCUGGGGGGCGUCCUGGGACAGAAGCGCUGGCAGUAUGAUGUCUGGUCCACGGACGUCACCGUCGCCAACAAGAUGGAAGCGGGAGGGAUCCCAGGACGUGUGCACAUCUCUCAGAGCACCAUGGAGUGCCUGCGUGGGGAGUUUGAUGUGGAGCCUGGAAACGGUGGUGAUCGCUGCGAGUACCUGAAGGAGAAGGGCAUCGAGACAUACUUGGUGGUCGUACCCAAGGGUCCGGUCGGGCGGAACGGAAUCAACGGGGUGAAGCUCUCAGUAACCUCCUCCAAUGGCAACUCCCCAGUCCUGAUCAACACCACACAGUGCAAUGGGAGUGUCCACACCACCUGCACCACGCCCGAGGAGCCUGAGGAGCUCGACACGCAGGUUGUGAACCCCUCCUUCCCAAACCCUCGUCGCCGCCUGCGGCUGCGAGACCUGGCAGAGAGGGUCAUCGAUGCACAGGAGAAUGAGCAGGAGCUGAACAAACUGCUGAAUGAAGCGCUGCUGGAGAGAGAGAGCUUACAGGCUCUGAAGGGCCGGCACACCAACCGGCUGUCCCUGCGCUUUGUGGAUCCUGAUCUGGAGACCCGCUACUCUGUGGAGAAGGAGAAGCAGAGUGGGGCAGCUUUCAGCUGUUCCUGCAUGGUACUGCUGUUCACUGCUGCUAUGGAGGCUCUUAUUGACCCCCAGUUGGUGGUGAACUAUGUGACCCUCAUAGUGGGCGAGGUCCUGCUGCUCAUCCUGACUAUCUGCUCGGUGGCUGCCAUCUUCCCACGGAUGUUCCCCAAGAAACUGGUGUCUUUCUCAACAUGGAUCGACCGUACGCGUUGGGCCCGCAACACAUGGGCCAUGGCGGCCAUCUUUAUCCUCACCAUGGCGGACAUCGUGGACAUGCUCAGCUGCUUGCAGCCUCCCCAGAACCACAGCCUCGGAGAUGCUCUGCAGUCCUUUGGAGACGGGGGCUGCUCGGAGAAUCCCAAGUACUACAGCUACAUUGCCAUUCUGGCACUCGUGGCUACCACCAUGUUGGUCCAGGUCAGUCACAUGGUCAAGCUCACGCUUAUGCUGCUCAUCACUGUGGCAACCGGCGUGGUCAACAUUUACAGCUGGAGGGACAUCUAUGAUCAGUACGACCUCUUCCGCUUCAAUGAUUAUAGGCUGUCCAUGGUCCCCUCCAAAUACCAGAUGACCGUGAUGAUUCUCAUCAUGAUGCUCAGCUUUUACUACUUCUCCCGUCAUGUGGAGAAGCUGGCACGCACACUCUUUCUGUGGAAGGUUGAAGUCCACAACCAGAAGGAGAAGGUUUAUGAGAUGCGGCGUUGGAACGAAGCUCUGGUUGCCAACAUGCUCCCUGAGCACGUGGCCAGGCACUUCCUGGGAUCAAAGAAGAGGGAUGAGGAGCUAUACAGCCAGUCAUAUGAUGAGAUUGGAGUGAUGUUUGCCUCGAUUCCAAACUUCUCUGACUUCUACACGGAGGAGAGCAUCAACAACGGGGGCAUUGAGUGCCUGAGGUUUCUCAAUGAGAUCAUCUCCGACUUCGACAGCCUACUGGACAAUCCUCAAUUCCGCUGCAUCACCAAGAUUAAAACCAUUGGAAGCACUUAUAUGGCAGCAUCAGGUGUCACACCAGAUGUCAACACCAAUGGCUACACCUACAUGAAGAAAGAGGAGCAGUCAGACCGCGAGUGCUGGCAGCACCUGGCAGACCUGGCGGACUUUGCUCUGGCCAUGAAGGUCACCCUCAUGAACAUUAAUUACCAGUCCUUCAACAACUUUAUGCUGCGCAUCGGACUCAACAAGGGUGGUGUUUUGGCGGGAGUCAUUGGGGCACGGAAGCCUCACUAUGACAUCUGGGGCAACACGGUCAAUGUGGCCAGUCGUAUGGAAUCCACCGGAGUUAUGGGAAACAUCCAGGUGGUGGAGGACUGUUAUAUCAUCUUGAAGGAGUAUGGAUUCCGGUUUGUGCGCCGAGGGCCUAUCUAUGUGAAAGGGAAAGGAGAGCUCCUGACCUUCUUCCUGAAGGGCAGAGAUAAGCAGGGUUCUUUCAUCAACAGCUCCUCUGUCACCCUCCCUCACCAAGUGGUAGACAGCUCCUGACACCCUCUCUGUUUUACAGGCAGACAGACAAACAAACAGACAGACAGACACACUCUCACCGGUGUAAACACGUACUUCUCAGCAUUUGGUCACAUGCACAAAGAUGCUGCCACAUAAAAGGUUAAACUCUCACAAUCAUUUACACAUCUAAAUACUGAAGAUUAUGGUAGAUGAAUAUUUAGUUAUAUAAUUCUUAAAAGAUACUUCCACAUGACAAAAAAGCAUUAUUUUAGUGUUCUCUAUAUUUCCUAUACCUGAGACGAGAUGAUGAAGUCUGACAAAUUUGUCUCUGACCCCUUUCCUGUGUCCGUUUCUGAGUACACCGGUAAAGACAUGGAUGUGUGGGGUGAUGGUGUGUGUGUGUGUGCGUGUGUGUGUGUGUUGGACAUCUCAGCACGUGAAGGCUGCAUUCUGACGCAGACAGUACUCUUUUGUGUGCUGUGUCUUUCCUGCCAGACUGGAUGAAAGUGCAAUAGUCUUCUUCCACUGCCCUGUCCCCCCUCCAGUCUUUUGUAAACUAUAAAAGCACACAUAUUUUUAUACUCUGGUUGCAACACACAUUUUGUGGAAAAAUAAAGGAGGUAUGAAAGACCGAUACAUUGAGGAUACGUAGAUAUAUAUAUAGUUUUUAUGUAAACUUCAUUUAGCAGAUUUCAGGGAUGGCCGAGAAAUCAUGAGCGUAGAUAAGAUAAAAGGAAAAGCUUAUCUUGAAUCACCACAGGAAAAUGGGAAUGUGGUUUGAUCUCCAGAUGGUGGAGUUACUGACUGGGAUUCUGUAAAGAGGGCUUGGACCAUGAGACCAAAUUCCUGAGGGCCCAAAGAGAUGUUACAUGUAAUGUUGCCCCAAGUACUUCAAGCACAUUUUUAUUUUAUUGUUCUUUGCCUUCAUUGCUUAGCUUUUAUAGUAACUAGUUUGAUCCCUCAGUACAGAAUCCCCGGAGUGAAAUUGGGAAGGAUAUGUAUGAAAAGGACAUCCGACACCCUUUUGUUUUUUGAAACUCUUAAACUCAGGUGUGAGAACUGUGAAUGGCUCUUGAAUUAUUUGUAAUUUAAAUGUAUUGAUUAAAAAUCUCAAUGUAA